AUGUUUUGUGACUACUUUCGAACAAAGUCCUCCAAGAGCGAUGGCCUGAAGAUCAAGAUACCUGUCAUCUUCACAUACAUCAUGGAUAUUGCCGGUACAGUCGGGACAAGCGCGAUUGUUGGAGGCGACGCCGCGUGGCUCGCUUCAGUGGCCCCAUUCAGUGAUCGUGUUGACCAACGCUCUGAACGAGUUCGUGGUCCAAUGUUUUAUGACAAGGAGAUUCUGGGACCUCACAAGACUUUGCAUUCCAUGCCUAUUUCUCCUGGCAUCCUCCCUCUCAUCGGUGGGUCCCGUUUUUUUCUAUGGGUGUCAAAACGCAGCCUGAUCAGAUUCAAGUUGGGAAUGAGCAUCGUCCUCGUCGUAUUUUCCGAAUUUCAUGACCGACUGGGCGAACGAUAUCUGAACCUUCGCUUCGCAAUAGCCUGCCUGGGCUUGUCCGUCCUCGCCGAUUUCUCCAUCACGGCCUGUUUACUCUAUGCGCUCUACAAGCCGAAAAUACUUUCACCAGAAACCCGGAUGCAAGUAUCUAGCGGAGGAGACUAUAUGCUUGACCUGCUGACAUUUCCUGGAUCCAGCCUCAUCCGUCAGCUUGCCGUGAUCGCUGUCCAAACGGGUUGCGCACCCUCCUUCGUCGCGGCGACGUGCCUUAUCAUCCUCUGCGUUAUCCCCGAGACGCUCGUGUCGACGGCUUUCUCGAUGUCCAUCGGAUGCGUGUACACAUGCACUAUGCUCUUCACUUUGAACAAGCGGGCAUAUCUCCGGGGCAUGAAUUCAUGGAUACACACCACUCCCUACCCUUCCCCAGACGAUCUGGCCCCGCAUUGCUUCCAAGACGAUGAAGAGUCCGGUUCGAUGAAAUUCGCCCGACCACCAGAGGUGCAUACCGGAGCCGGUUCAAAUAGUAGCUGGGAUAGACGGAUAGAAACGUCACCCCGCGACGCUUUACUUCGGAGCGACUCCGAGCCUGAAACGCAUUUAGAGUCGCCUCCUAGCGCCAAGCUCAGUUUCUCGCAACACUCGCCGUUGUAUGUGAGUGCGAGCCCCACGUCGGUGGCUUCGCGCACUGCUCCUCUCACACACCCUUGA